UUGUUUGGUUGGUGAAUGAAGGGAAAAAAUUAAGCAAGAAACUGGACAUACCCAAAUAAAAAUCUUGAUUUUCGAUCAGGGCUUUCGACAAGAAGCAGGCGAGAGCAGAAAUUGAUAAGGACUUAAGGAAAUGGCUAUGGUUUCUAACACUAACUCAUUCUUAAAGUCACAGAGGCACCAAGUUUACUGCAGAAAGAAGGAGAAGGAUAAGAGUCAAAAUCCCCAACCCUAUAAAGUCAUUGAAAUUUCACCUCCUCCCAAGAACCUUGGCAUACGUUGCCUCCCCUCUAACUUGCAGUGUGGAGAAAGUGUAACCAUUGAAGGCCGAGCUUACACCAUUUCAGCUGUAACUCAUCGUUAUCAGCUUCGUAAAGGGAAAUACGAGCCUAGUGAGAAGAGGCUUGAUGUGUUGUCUACUGGAAGAUACAUCUUAAAUUUGUACUUGGAAAAUUUGCUAGAACAAUCUUGACUAUGAUGUAGAUUACUCUUUUUCCCUUCAUCUUUAUGUAUACAUUAUGAAAUACAACUUCAUUCAA